GAAGACGAUCUGUUGUGCUCGCGCCAGAUGGCCUGAACCAAUCAGCGCAAGCCAGAGAAAGACGUGCAUGUCUCCGAGUCUCUAAACGGCAGGAGAGGACGGUGUCAAUCAAUCUCAGAGGUGUCUACUGACCGAGUGACUGGUCGCUCUCGAGCGCGUCGAACCAACACUUUUGCCACUGCUCGACGACGAGGACGACGACGACGACGCAUGGAUCGCAAUCUCGAGGCACUGCUACGAUGGGGCGUAGAGAACUCUGGCCCGCCUGCAUCUGCAACGAACGAAGCAACGCAAGCAGCAGCGCCAGGCUCGACGGCGGUGACAGUGCCUUCGGCUCCUGCGAGGCGCACUGAUCUCAAUACCGAUGUUCUCGAUGCCAUCAUGGGCAAGAGCGAUGCCAAACGCAUGAAGGACUGUUUGGCGCUCGGUAUAUCGACCGAUGCGCCACUCGACGAUCGAUUGCUAGCUUGGGACGAGUUAGAAUGCCUUGUCGAGUUGAUCGACAAUGCCAACGACUUGGAGCCACUCGGGUUGUGGCCUACGAUCGUAGAUUGCUUGACUGCCAAGGAAGAAGCCAUACAGAUCCAAGCUUGCUGGGUCGCCGGCACGGCAACAAACAACAACCCGAAAGCACAAGCCGCCUUUCUCGCUAAGGAACCUCUGCCGACGCUAGUAGCGCUCAUCAAUUCUACCGCUGCAUCUGCCGAACUGCGCUCAAAAGCCAUCUACUGUCUCUCUGCUGCAUUGCGACACAAUGACGAAGCGGUGGUCAGAUUUGGCGAGCUGCACGGUUGGCUCAGUCUCAGAGUUGCGUUGCACGACCCCAGCAUUGCAGUAAGACGAAAGACGGUCUUUCUGAUCCAUUCGCUCUUUGUCAACUCGCUCACACCCAUUGCUCUUGUUGCGCCUUGUCGAUCGUCGGGCACUCUACAUGCUCUGCUACAGUCGCUGUCACCCGACGCACCGCCAUCCGGGCGAGAUGGCGAUGGCGAAGUGGAUGUCGACUUUACAGAGAAGGCGUACAGAUGCCUCUACGGGCUCGUAGAUCGCGCACUCGCCGGCCUGGCGCCGCAUGAGGUGGCCGAGAUCGUUUCUCUCCUCUCAGCUGCUAGAGCAGAAGGAACUCAGACCGGUCUCUCGGCUAGCGAACUGACAGACUUUGCCAAGAAGCUCUCUCAGUAGGCAUCAAGUAGAAUCCAGAGUGUUGUGACAACAUGUAACAAAGUGCCCCUUUGCCAUCUACGUGUAAGCCCAUGAAAGUCUUCAGAUGAAGUUUUGUCUGUGAUCUUCGGGAAAGUGUGAUAUGCCUCGAUGCCAUGAUGAGCCUUCCGAGAAAGUACGUCCACCCUGUGCUGAUGGCACUUGCAGGCGGUUUUCGUUUGACACGGUC